UUCUCCUCUCUCACCACCGUCUUUUGUUGGGGUACACCACUCCCGUUGCGAGCGGGCUAGAGAAUCUGCUGAGCUCUCCCACUCACGGCGGCGGCCACUUUUUCUCACUCCUCAUCUCCUCAGUGCCCUCGCCUGUACUUUUUUCCUCAGGGUCCUUGUCUGUUAAACGUCCACCGAGCAGGUCUUCAAGGGCACACCUCACACGCCUGAGGACCCGUUCCUACAAGCAGAAGGAGCAGCACGUGAAAGAAAAUAUGUCCUAUUUGCCUGGAGGCACCUUGGCACUAGGGAUAAAUAAGGAGUGCUCGGUGUUCAAAGACAAAACGCAAGGAAAUGGCUUCAAAGCGAAAAGUGGGCUACAAGUGUCGCAUAGCCACAGUUCUCUUCCUCCUCCUGGCGAGCAUCGCCGGGCUCAUAACUGUUGCCGUCAUCCAGAGCAAUUGGGGGUCCAAAGAGUAUGGCACGGAGUACGGCAUAGUGAUUGACUCGGGAUCGUCUCGCUCCAACAUCUAUUUGUACGAGUGGCCGGGGGCGAAGGAGAAUGAAACGGGAGUGGUGACGGAGAGAUUGAACUGUAACGUACAUGGUGUUCCAAUCUCUGAUUUGAAAAUUGACCCGAAGAAAGAUGCAGAAACAUGGGAAGGCUUCAAAGCUUGCAUGAAAAAUGUCUCUGCAGCCAUUCCUGUUAAAAAGCACAGAACAACCCCUCUGUUCUUGGGAGCUACUGCUGGAAUGAGAUUGUUACUAGAGAAGGAUGUGAAGCGGGCUAGCGAAGUCCUGGACAGUCUGAAGGUAUAUCUCCAAUCUCUGCCCUUUGACUUCCACAAUGCAUCGGUCAUUACUGGUCAGGAGGAAGGACUGUACGGGUGGAUUACUGUCAACUAUUUGAUGGGGAACUUUCUGGAGAAAAACCUAUGGAACACCUAUGUUCGUCCACAGACGUCAAAGACUGUGGGCUCAAUGGAUCUGGGCGGUGCGUCGACACAAAUCGCCUUUGCGGUUAACGAAGCGCUGACCGGCCCUAACUACGUGCACGUCAAGUUGUACGGCUACCCUUACAAUGUCUACACUCACAGUUUCCUCUGCUAUGGCAAGAAUGAAGCUGAGAAGAUGGUUUUGGACAAAGUCAUUCAGGAAUCGUCGGACCCUGCCUACAUUACCAAUCCCUGCUACCCCACUGGCGUGAAUGUAACCUUGCAGGCCUCGCUCAUUUAUGACUCCGAGUGCACAAAGAAACAAAAUGACUACAAUCCAGAUCGACAAUACAUUAUGGUGGGAUCUGGCGCCUCGGAGCAGUGUGAGAGGGUAGUAAAAUCCAUAUUUGAUUUCACCAAUUGUUCCUCGGCUCACUGUUCCUUCAAUGGGGUCGAGCAGCCGCCUGUCACUGGGGAAUUUAUGGCAUAUGCGGGCUAUUUCUAUGUCGCUAGAGCAUUGUUGAUGAACACAACAACGGACACCAUCAGACCAUCAGAGUAUGAUGAAUUCAACAACGCAAUUAUCCAGUCAUGCGACACACCUUGGAGUGAGCUGAAGAUCCAAAAGAAAUGGGUCAAUCCCGGUUACCUUCGCACCUAUUGCUUUGCAAGUCAUUACAUCUUCACUCUGCUGACCAACGGCUACAAAUUUGACUCCAACACGUGGAAAGACAUUGGUUUUCAAAAACAGGUGAAGAACACCAAUGUAGGUUGGAGUUUGGGCUACAUGCUCAGUUGCUCCAAUAUGAUCCCGUCUGAGCUGAAUGAAGUCCUACCGUUGACUGAUCCUGUCUUUGCCGCUCUUAUCUUUUUAUUUUCAGCUCUGACCAUUAUUACUGUCAUCUUGAUUUUCAUCAUUCUUAUUCGCACAUGCUACUAAGUAGGCCCAGGCAUGUCUUAGAAUUUGGCAACAGUUUGUUAUCCUAAAAUGAAUUUCAAUACAGAGUAUUGUUAACAUGGUGUUGUAAAGGACAGACGAUAAAAGUAUGAGUACUAUAAGAAAAACAUCACAAUAUUUCCACUUAAUUCUCUUAUUUAUGUAUGUAUGAGUGUGUGUGUGUGUGUGUGUGCGUGCGCGCGCGUCCUUAAAAUUUUUUCUCUCUCACAAAGACUACAUGUUCCAUGAAGUUAGGUCUAACUCUGCGAAAUUACAUCUGCAUUGAAAUUUUAUUUAGGUUGAGUCAAUCAAAGAGGUAUCUGGAUAUUUGGUUGGGCGUGUCAGUGCAGUGCAGAUGAGUCUCUUGUAUUCAGCAAUGGGAUAUCAGUGUACAUUUCACCUUUGCAUGUUCAGAUAUUACAAUACUGUCUUUUCAAAUGAACGUGAUAUUACAAACAUGUUUGAAAAUGUUCAAAAUCAUGUCUGAGGCGCAAGCAUAAAUAAAAAUAAUUAUAAUUAAAAAUAUAAUAAAAGACCAA